AAAUGAGCCGAUAGCACAUACAGAUUGACCAUGACUGGUUCUAUAGAGGCAGUGUACAUAUUUGAUGAGCACAAUCGCCCAAUCCUCACACAUACCUAUAACUCGCGGCCUCUCUCUGCUGCCCAGCUCCUUCCCCUGUACCUCGCACAUCCGGCGCCUCGAUCGAACCUGAUAUAUCUCCCGAAUACCUCUCCGCCCACCUUGGUCUUCAGUAUCUAUCAUGCGAACCUACUAUUUCUUCUGACCUCCUCCUCCGAAAUCGAACCGUUACUCGCUCUCGAGUUCCUACACCGAGUCAUAGAUGUAUUGGAGGAGUUUCUAGGGUCGCCGUUGUUGGCGCAUAAGAUUGAGAGUAACUACGAUGUAGUUGCGCAACUUCUCAACGAGAUGUGUGAUGCUGGGGCAGUAAGCACAACGGAGCCGAAUGCGCUGAGAGAUUUGGUGGAGGUUGAAGGGUGGAUCGGAAAGUUGCUAGGGGGCAUCUCUAUUCCUGGAAAACCUGGCUUCACAUCUACUUCAAGCUCCAAUAUGCCUGGCAUAUCAUCGUCUGGGACGUUAGCUGCAAAUACCCCAGCUUUGCCGUGGCGCAGAGCCAAUGUUCGACAUACCUCAAAUGAACUCUAUGUGGAUCUCGUCGAAUCUCUUUCGGUGACUCUUGCGCCUUCUGGGAGGCCUUUGGCAGCUUUUGCGAAUGGAACUAUUGCCUUCACGUCUAAGAUCUCCGGGGUGCCUGACCUCUUAUUAAAUCUCUCUACCCCUUCUGGAAGACAUAAUGUGAACAGUGUGAUGGAGUUGCCCGUAUUCCACCCUUGUGUUCGAUUAGCAAGGUGGAGAGAAAAGCCGGGCGAAUUGAGUUUCGUGCCACCGGACGGCCGUUUUGUCCUAGCAAGCUACGAAGUCGAUCUCCUACCUUUUCAAAAUGGCAAGAGUGGAAGCACAAGUGCUUCUAAUCUGAAGUUGCCUGUCAGUAUCGAGGUUAAGACUAGCCUUGGUCCAACUGGUGCUGAUUUCGAGGUUCGAUUAUUCAUUGUCAAAGUCUCUGGACAAUCCAAUUCAUCGCCAUCAGGAUUAUCAUCACGAAGUAGCAGCCAUGUAUCCGGUCGUGGGGGUUUUGGCAGCGGACUGGGCGGUGGCCUCUCUGGCGGCUCUUCAUCAAAUCCAGUGCUGGAUGACCUUGUAGUCACAGUACCUCUACCUUCAGACGUAAGGAAUCUGUCAGAGAUCAGAGCCAGCAGAGGGGAUAUAACGUACAAUCCCGGUGAUAAAAAACUGGAUUGGCAUAUAACCGCCAAGGAGGCCGUGGCUGGAGGGGCUACCUUGCGUUGUACUGUUGUAGGACUGCUUUCAGACGACGAUGACUUUGAGGGCAAUGGGUUCAAGCUGAAUGGCAGAUACGACUAUGAAGAGGAUACAUAUCAAAGUGCUCCGGUGAAGGCUGUGAAGGCAGCUGAAGCUACCGACGAGAAGAGAGAUGUGGUGAAGGUUGCACAGAACAAGAUGCUCAUGCCAAAUUCUGCGAACGUCAGUUUUUCGGUCAAGGGAUGGUUAGCAAGCGGAAUCAGGGUUGAAAACCUUGUCGUCGAUACAAGGAAAAGUCGGGGGCUUGGGGAAGGCGUUAAGCCAUAUAAGGGGGUCAAAUAUUUGACUGUCAGCAGGGGCGGUGUUGAGAUCAGGUGUUGAGCAUUUACAUGGAGUCAGGCGUUGAAGCUAACCCGCGGAGCACAGCGGCAUUUCAGACUUCAGAUGGACCUUAAGUCGAGGAAAUGCGUUUCAUGAAUUCAAUAGCCUUAUUCAGGCAGCCUAAUCUGACAUAGAAGCUCAGAAGCCAUGAUGGUAUACCCAC